AUGAACGCAGAAGCUCGCGUCCCACACUACGACAUGACAUCCAUGGAUUCUUACUACAUGUCCUCGGCACAAAGCAGGGAGCAGCUCUUCAGGACGUUCCCCUCCGCUGACUCGCACAGAUACAGUCCCUUCCUCCUCAGUAACAAGAGCGACACGUACGCGGAGAAGUGCCACUCAUUGGACGCAGCAUCAGCAGCAGCAGCAGCAAUUACGACCACGAGUGGAGAGGACUCUUUCAGCAAAUAUCAGCACUUCAGGUCUUCCUGCAAGACGCCCCCGGAGGAGGACAGCGCGCACGAAGACACUGGACACAACGGGACGGCCGUCCACUGCUAUGGUAAAGACAGCUCAGGCCUGAGUGACUCUGGUGUGGCCCCGGACUCGGACCCCGGCGCUGGCAUGGACUCCAGUUUCCUGAAGGACUCGAGCGGAAAGAGCAGCUCUGAGCAGACCCCCAGCUCCGACCUCAGCCCCCUGGACAAAGGCACGGACGCCGGGGGGGAGAGCAACAAGGGCAAGAAAAGACGCAACCGCACCACGUUCACCAGCUACCAACUGGAAGAGCUGGAGAAAGUGUUCCAGAAGACACAUUACCCAGACGUGUACGCGCGCGAACAGCUGGCUCUGCGGACCGACCUGACCGAGGCCCGAGUCCAGGUUUGGUUCCAGAACCGCAGAGCUAAAUGGAGGAAGAGAGAGCGCUUUGGUCAGAUGCAGCAGGUCCGAACUCACUUCUCCACAGCUUAUGAGAUGCCCCUUCUGUCGCGCCAUGAGAACUAUGCACAGAUCCAGAACCCGUCAUGGCUGGGUGGCACGAGCGCGGCCUCUCCGGUGCCAGGCUGCGUGGUCCCCUGUGACGCGGUGAGCCCCUGCAUGACGCCUCACCCGCACUCGGCCAGUGGAGUGUCCGACUUCCUGGGCGUCCAGAGCUCCGGGGGACACGUGGGCCAGUCUCACAUGGGCAGCCUCUUCGGGUCCUCCGCCAUCAACUCGUACGAUCUCAACAUGGACCCCGACCGCAAGUCCUCCAGCAUCGCCGCGCUGCGCAUGAAAGCGAAAGAGCACAGUGCUGCCAUAUCCUGGGCCACAUGA